GCUGUGUGCAAGUGUGUUGAUGUGAGCGUGCCAAAGAAAGAGAGGCAGAGCGAGCGACCGAGUGAUAACUGCAUGCCGCUCUCUCCUUCUCGCUCUCUCUCUCUCUCCCUCUCAUCGAGGGGACUUGUUGCUGUCGUCGCUGGCGACCGUUGCAGACAGAAGCCUUAGUUGAGUUCAAGUGACGACGUCGCACUGAGAACGAGCAAAAACAAAAACAAUAACAAAUACAUAGCGCUUUUGAUUGAUAUAAAUGAAUAUGCAGCGACUGAGUCGCAACUGAAAAAAAUCACUUUAAUGUGCAAGUGUUCGCCGUUACGUCUUUAAUUGGCGCGCAGCAUCAAAUACACACAAACACACACACACACACACAUACACAAUGAAUAUCAAAACAACAACAGUAAGGCUGGCAAUUAUGCGACCGAAAGCCGCUUAAGUGCAAUAUUAAUAAAAAAAAAAAAUUAAUUAUUUGAAAAAAACCAAAGCAAAACAAAGAAACAGCAAUAAGAAAUAGGGGUGAGCGAGCAUGUAAAAUACGAUUUGAGUGCCAAAAAAAAACCAAAACCAAAAAAAAAAAAAAAAUCAGCAGCAACAACUUUCAAUUAUAAAGACGAACCAUGAAAAAAGCACAAAUAGGAAGGAAAUCAACAAGUGUGUGACGCUCUGCUCGUGCGUCUGCUCUGCUUCGCUUUCAUUCAUGCGGUCAACUAGAGUCAACAGCCAUAACAGCAGCAGUGGCAGUGGCAGCGGCAGCGGCAGCAAAAGUGCGCCUGAUAAAAACCAAAAGCAACAGCAAAACAAAACUAACUGCAGCAAAUAACAGCAGCAGCAGCAGCAACAACAACUGUUACUUCCAACGGCGAGCUUUCAAUUGCUAAGCAUGACUCGCCCAUGAUUGUAAAUCGUGUUCGAUAAGAAUUAUGAAGCACCCACAAGAUCUGACAAUUACCGAUGGACAGCAGCUAAUGGAGAUUAAUAAAGUGGAGCAAAUGGAACAGGAGCUAAAUGAGCACGAAUCGGCGGAAAGUCAACUAAUGCAUGCGGAGGCGCUGCCGGUGGGUCAUCCCGCUGGCUCGCCGAUAGGUCAUGCCCUCAGUCCCAAUGGCGUUGGGCUCGGCCUUAGCAAUAGCAGCAAUCAGAGUAGCGAGAAUUUUACGCUCUGUAAUGGCAACAGCAACGCCAGCAACAACAACAACAUGUACUCACCGAACAACAACAACAACAAUGGCAACAACAGCCAACAACAGCAGCAGCAACAACAACAGCAGCAACAACAACAACAACAACAACAGCAGCAGCAGCAGCAGCAACAACAACAACAACAACAGCAGUCGCCCACAGUAUGCGCAAUUUGUGGGGAUCGGGCAACGGGCAAGCAUUAUGGCGCCUCCAGCUGCGACGGCUGCAAAGGUUUCUUCAGGCGCAGCGUGCGCAAAAAUCAUCAGUAUACCUGCAGAUUCUCGCGCAACUGCGUCGUGGACAAGGAUAAGCGCAAUCAAUGUCGCUAUUGUCGUCUGCGCAAAUGUUUCAAGGCGGGCAUGAAAAAGGAGGCGGUGCAAAAUGAACGCGAUCGGAUCAGCUGCCGACGCACCUCCAACGAUGAUCCCGAUCCGGGCAAUGGCUUAUCCGUUGUCUCGCUGGUCAAAGCGGAGAACGAAUCACGCCAGUCGAAGGCUGGUGCCGCCAUGGAGCCCAACAUAAAUGAGGAUCUCUCGACGAAACAAUUUGCCAGCAUCAACGAUGUGUGCGAGUCCAUGAAACAGCAGCUGCUCACCCUAGUCGAGUGGGCCAAGCAGAUACCGGCCUUCAAUGAACUCCAGCUGGACGAUCAGGUGGCACUGCUGCGCGCCCAUGCGGGUGAGCAUUUGCUGUUGGGCCUCUCGCGUCGCUCCAUGCAUCUGAAGGAUGUGCUGCUGCUCAGCAAUAACUGUGUCAUCACCCGGCAUUGUCCAGAUCCACAUGUCUCGCCCAAUUUGGAUAUAUCGCGUAUUGGAGCGCGCAUCAUUGAUGAACUGGUGGUUGUUAUGAAAGAUGUUGGCAUCGAUGAUACCGAAUUUGCCUGCAUUAAGGCCUUGGUCUUCUUUGAUCCCAAUGCCAAGGGUCUCAAUGAGCCGCAUCGCAUCAAAUCCUUGCGCCAUCAGAUACUCAACAAUCUGGAGGAUUACAUUUCGGACCGACAAUAUGAGUCGCGUGGUCGCUUUGGUGAGAUCCUGCUCAUUCUGCCGGUGCUGCAGUCGAUUACCUGGCAGAUGAUCGAACAAAUACAAUUUGCCAAAAUCUUUGGCGUAGCGCACAUCGACUCGCUGCUGCAGGAGAUGCUGUUGGGUGGUGAGCUGGCAGACAAUUCGCUGCCGCUGUCGCCGCCCAAUCAGUCCAACGAUUACCAAAGUCCUACGCAUGUCGGCAAUCUGGAUGGCAGCCAGGUGAGCUCCACACUGGACACUUUGGCCACAGCCAGCAGUGGCACGCAUGGCCUGGAUCUGGACGUGCAGCAUAUACAGGCGCUCAUCGAAGCCAACAAUGCGGAGGAUACAUUCCGUGCCUAUGCGGCCAGCAAUGCGGCAACGGCUGCCGCUGCUGUAGCUGGUGCCACGCCCACGGCUGCUGUAACGCCCCCAUUAAGCAGCGCCGCCUGCAGUCCCAAAUCACAGGAAAACACCUAUAUGGAUGCAACGGCAGCCCGUCAAUACAAUGUGCAGCACAAGAGUCAGCUAAUGCACAGUCCGCAGAGAGUGCAUCCCUACCAAAGAGUGGCCUCAUCGCCGGUCGAUGCCGGCCUGGGCAUGCGCAAUCCGGCGGAUAUCACGCUUAACGAAUACAAUCGCAGCGAGGGCAGCAGCGCUGACGAGAUGUUGCGUCGCACGCCCCUUAAAAUACGCGCGCCGGAUCUGCUGGCGCCCACCUAUGUGAUGGAGCCAUGUCGCAUGACGCUCAAACAGGAGCCCGAAACGGGCUAUUAACUGGUGCAAUAAUCUUAGCUACACACAUACACUACUCUACUUCCCAAUCCUGCUGUCUCCUCCCCAUCACCUCUACAGGCCCCGUCUUGCUAGCUGCUAAGUGCUAAAAAAAAAUCAAAACACAAAAACUUACUUAAUUGUUAUUGCCUUGAACUUUUUGAUACCGUUUUUAUUAGACUUUAAGUAGGUAUUUUGGAAAUUGUUGCUUAUUUUGUAAAACACGCAAUUGCAAUCUAUUUUUAUACAUGAUUAUGAUUUUUUUUGAGCUGAAAUGAAAAAGAAAAUCAAGUCAAAGGAUUUGCUCUAAAGUUUAUACUAAACAUAGCACGUACUGUUGUCAGUUUGUUGGUUAUCUUUAUUAUACAUAUUAUGCAGAUAUAUGUAUAUAUAUGCAAUACUUUGUUUUAGGUUAGGGUGUUGUUUAGUAGUAUAAAAUAUAUAAGUACGUUUAAUCGAUAGUUGAUGAAAAA